AUGUCCGUGAAGAUGAUGACCACUUGCCAGCCCAAUCAGACAUGUCACCAGCCAAACUGUAGCACCGCACCUCCCAUUCAAGAUUUGGGCUUAGCAAUAUCCUGUUUCACAAUGUUAUUUGGCACCAUCUCGAACCUUGCUGCACUGGGCAUCCUGGCUAAGUCCCGUCUCAGAUUCUGCCGCCAGUCCAAAGCGCCAUUCCUAAUUCUAACAGUGGCUUUGCUUUUGGCUGACCUAGGAGGUCAUGUGAUCCUUGGUUCCUUUGCAAUGUAUCUCCAUAUAAGUCGCAGGAACAAAAUAGAGGCAUUACAAUCCAGCGUGACACUCUGUAAUGUUUUUGGAGCAAAUAUGGUGUUUUUUGGCCUGUGCCCUUUGCUGUUUGGUUGUGCCAUGGCAGUGGAGCGCUGUGUGGCCAUCACUAAACCUUUUCGUGUUUACGUUAUUACAGUGGCUCAUGUGGGACGGGUCAUGUUAUUGCUGUCCUCUCUGGCACUUGUUCUGGCAGUUCUGCCUUUAUUUAUUAUGGAGACUUAUACAAUCCAAUAUCCAUGCACCUGGUGUUUUUUGCGUGUUACUUAUCCACAUUGUGAUGCUGACAAUUACCCGGCUUUGAUUUUCUCAUGUCUGGGUCUCUCUGCGCUCACCCUUUCACUGUUCAGCAACACCAAGAGUGUUGCUGCAUUGAUGCGGGCCAGAAUGAGGACCCUAAAUGCUAAAACAAAUUCCACAGCCCGCUGUGCUCGUCGUGUAUCAUGUGCAUCAUCAUCUUCACUGUUUUUUUCAUUGGACGUGGAGGUAAUGGUGCAAUUGGUCGUCAUCACUGUCGUUUCCUGUGUCUGCUGGAGCCCUUUCCUUAUUCAAAUUAUUGUGAUGCAGUUCAAGCAAAGCAGAACCUCAUAUCAAGAGCAAGAGAGAUUCAUUCAUCUGGCCCUACGUAUAGCCUCCUGGAAUCAGAUCUUAGACCCUUGGGUUUACAUCUUACUCAGGAAGACAGUGCUCUUUAGAUUUUAUGAACAGAGACGCACACUGACAAGAAAAUAGUUCCGCAGUUUGCAUUAAUUAUGUUACUGUAUAGUCUGUAUAGAGCAAAUAGAUACUU